AUGCGCAGGUCAGCGGGGCGAGCGGUAUGUGCGUGGAUUGUUCGGUGCACGCAGAGCCGCCUCGGAGACACCAGGCAGGGCGAGGCCAACGAAGAGGACGUGUCUCUUCCAACCGAUGAGACGAGCGUGGAAUGUCGGAACCGCGUCGCUGAAAGGCUUCCAAACGCAGAGCCCGAGACGCGCAGCUUCGUGGAAUUCGACUCCACGAAUCAAAGUGAACCGCGCCGACAGGAACGAAAAAAGACCGCUGAGAGAACUCGCGCGGAGAACGGCAGGGGGGAGGGCCACUCGAAAAGCAAAACCGAAGAAGAAGCCCAAGACGCAGGAGGAGGCGAAGAAGAGAGGAUACAGGAGGAAGAACGAGGUGAAGAAGGGACACGGUUAAGCGAGGAAGUGAAGAAGAAAGUGAAGAAUGCGACGUCGUCGUCAAGGGAGUCAGGCGCAACAAUGCAGGGUUUUUCGCAAGAGAAGCGGGGCCGCUCUGUGGGCCUUGGGGAGGACUCUCGUCUCCUGCCUCGCGUUGUCGCCUGUCUUCGAGGUCACCGGACACCUGCGACCGCAGAGGAAGGAGAAGAGGCUUUCAAAGUUUUGAAGGCUCUCGAAGAUUUCUUCUGCGCAGCUGCCGAGCAGUUUCGGAGGCGAUCGCGUCACAGAGAAAACCCCCUAUUUUUUCGAAGGCCCGUGAAGGAAACGUGUCCGUGCCCGUGCGGCGAGGGCGGCACCGCCGUUGGCUGCUCCGCCAAGGCGCUCAAAAAAACUUUUCAGCACGAAGCAGCUCGGCUGAGGGGCGAGCUCGCCACCCGCCGUCUCGGGGCGUUCGGCGCAGGAGAUCUCUUUCUCUCCUGGCUAGCGAAUGACAACCCCGCUCAGACAUCACCCGACCUCCUCCGCAGCCUCAUGUAG